AUGAGUCUGGUAGGAUGUGUCUCCCGAAAGUCAGUCCGGCGUAUGCCGUAGUGGCAUCAUUCGCCCCCUAUACUCCGUCUAGUUCAUCCCGUUCAAGGAGGUUAAAAACGCUAAAUAGUCGGCAGAGUGGUAUAGAGGCAUGACUGCAGCAGCGCAUGAACGGUCUCGCGAUCAUUGGCCCGAUCAUUGGGAUCAUUAUCGCUACAUCCAUAGUCGCGGUGCACUGUGCAGAGACUGCAACGACUGCGGAUGUUGGAAAAGGGGGGGGGGGGGGGCAUCAUGGGGAUGCGAUUCAGGAGAGAUCAGGGAUUACCAAGAAGGCACAAGAAUAGACGGGUUGAUAUCUGAGCACUGUCAUCGAUCAGGGUCAGUGGGAGAGGACCCCUCGCUAAGUGCUAACGCUGAUAAAUUCUCCGAAGCCCCAGCACAAUGCCGGAGGCUGGUUGCUGUAUUUGGGGGAAGCCCGAGAGUCCGACUGUCCGAGAGUCCCCGACAACCUUCGCUAUCCACGAUCGUGGGACACCGGGAACCAAAAUCUCUAGUUUGGAUGCCGCGUCGGAGCAGACUACGUAAGACGGUCAGUAGUUCAGUACUACUCAGGGCCUAUUGCCUCGGAGGUGGAUGAGUGGGAAUGACGGAGAAGUGAUGGGGAUAAACUCGUCGAGAUGGAGUCCAAAUGGCUCGAUUCGGGUGGAAAAGGUCGGCCAGAUGGCGAGACUGAGUUAG